AUGCCACGCCACGCCGCCGCGCGUCACGUCUCCCUUCAGGGCCUUCUCUCGUUUUGUCCCCUUGCUUCUGGAAGGCCGCACGCUCGCCACGCGCUCUCUCGCGGCGGCUGCUCAGACAGGACUCUCUCAAUCUUCCCUCUGAAACAGUUCGUCUUCCAGUCCCGGAGAGCUGAGCGCGCGGGGCGCGCGAUUCUUGGCGCUCCCGCCUCGUUCGCCUCGGCCUCGUCGGGCGCUCUGCUCCUCUCCUCUGCUCUUACCUCACACUCCGCGCGCUUUUCCCCGCCUCAAUCCCUCCCUUCUCUCGGCGGCGUCAGACCGUUCUACUCCUAUGGCGGAGCGCGUGCAGGGGGAGGCGCCGCACAGGGACCUAGAUUCGAGAGGCCGAAUUUCGCAGCUUCGCCGUUCGUGCCGCCUCGCCACGCGACGACGAUUCUCUGUGUUCGAAAGGGAGACCAAGUGUGCGUCGCCGGAGACGGAAUGGUUUCGCAGGGACAGAUGAUUGUAAAACCAAACGCCAGAAAAAUUCGGCGCCUGCAGGACGGUGUCAUUUGCGGUUUUGCUGGCGCCACAGCCGACUGCUUCACCCUUUUGGAGAAACUGGAAGCGAAGCUCGAAGAAUACCCUGGCCAGCUGCUGCGGUCGUGCGUGGAACUCGCGAAACAGUGGCGCACAGAUCGCUACUUGCGCCAUCUGGAGGUCGGACAGCAAAAACGAAGCAAGAAACAUGAAGACCUCUUUCCUGAAUUGCACAAAGACACGAAAGACUGCUUAGCAUCGAAGUGCGUCCUGUCGAGCAAUCCUCGGCAGUCCCGUGCGGUUCUCAUCGUAGCAGAUAAGAAAAUGUCUUUGGAAGUUAGUGGAGUCGGAGAUGUUCUGGAGUCUCACGAUGGGAUUCUCGGCGUCGGCUCUGGCGGGCCCUACGCAGUUGCCGCUGCCCGAGCUCUGUAUGACAUCGACGGCCUGAGUGCGCAUGAGAUCUGCAAGCGCUCCAUGGCUAUUGCAGCAAGCAUGUGCUGCCAUACGAACGACCGGGUGAUUUUUGAGGUUUUGGAAAAUGAAGCGAAACCCGGGGAGACGCCUCAGUCCAGUCGUACCUUGACAGACUCCCGCCGGGAUUCAGACGGAAGCACCGACCAAGCGCCGCCUUAA